AUGUGUAUUUUGACAUGUGCUUUGAAACUCGAGCUAGCUGAAAAGACUCGUCAAUUGGCUUCAAUGAGAGAGCCCGAAAUAACUAGGAACCCUAUCCAUAGGGUCAAUAGAGUUGAUAAUGGGUCUGAUAUACUUAGGCAUCUAAAGGCCUUAGAGAUGAACCAAGGGUCCCACCAGACUAUGAGCUGCAAUAGUGAGCCCAGAACCUAUCCAUGUACGAUUUGUAGUGAUGAAAGUAAUAUUGGACCUCACUGUCCCCUUUUUUACCCUUGUGAAACUACCCGUGACCAGGUUAGUGUCCUAUAUGGUGGUAUGAACUCUAAAUAUGAGGGUCGACCCAAGUUUGACCCAUACUCUAAUACAUAUAACCCUGGUUGGAAACAUAACCCGAAUUUCUCGUGGUCUAAAGGUAACCAUCAAGGUGGCCCAUCUAGCAACCCACCACCAGGUAUUUCUAAGAACCAAGUUCAAGUCCAAGAACCGAGCCCAGUUGAUAAAAAGGUGUCAUUUCUAGAGGAAAAGGAGAACGGGACAUUUCCUAGCCAAAAGACUCCAAAUCCGAAAGGAGUUAACCAGGUUAAUAGAUCAUGUAGUUCUAACCACAAUGAACAUAGCAAAGCAGUUAUGACCCUUAGGAGUGGUAAAACUCUAGAGAACUCGGUAGAACUACCUAAGGAUAGUAGUCCAUCUGAAAAAGAGACUAAGGUUGACCAAACUUCGUCUAAAGACCCCAAUGGGACUGAGAGUGCUAAGAUUCCAAGUGAGGAAGAUAUUCCUGAGAGAGUGUACGUACCACCUGCACCAUUUCCUCGGAGACUCGCUAAGAAAAAGCCUAGUACAUAUGCUGAAAUCCUAGACAUCUUUAAGCAAGUUAAGAUCAAUCUUCCCUUGUUAGAUGCAAUAAAACAUGUACCGGAUAUGGAAAAGUUUCUAAAAGACAUGUGCACUGUAAAGAGAGAUGAGAGUGUCCAUAAAAGGCAUUUUGACCCAACAAGUAGCCAAAAGAUAGAAAAUGCUAUUUUAGAUCUUGGGGAUAGUGUAAAUCUUUUACCGUUCUCAGUAUAUGAACAACUUAGAUUAGGUGAGAUGAAACCAACUAGGAUAACACUACAGUUAGCCGAUAGGUCAGUUAAAAUCCCACGUGGGAUUCUUGAAGCCUUUUUGGUUCAAGUAGCAAACUUUAUCUAUCCGGUUGACUUUGUAAUUUUAGACACUCAACCUGUCACUAGUCAAGAUAUCAAUAUCCCGAUCAUCCUAGGUUAUCCGUUUCUAUCCACUGCAAAUGCAGUCAUGCAUUGUCAAAUUAGCCUAGUAGAAUUUUCCUUUGGGAAUCAGAAAAUAUCAGUGAACGUUUUUAAGGCGUUACAAGCCACAUCGGACCCUGAACACUAUGAGUCUAUAUGCAUGAUCGAUUCUAAUUGA